CCUCGGGUUCGCCGCCGCCGCCGGCGCGCACGUCCUCGGCGUCUGCUACGGGAUGCAGCUCCUCGUCCAGACCCUCGGCGGCGCCGUCGAGCCCGGCGUGCGCCAGGAGUACGGCGACAUGGAGGUGGACAUCACCGCGCCCUCCUCCGCGCUCUACGGCGAGGCCGGGGAGCGGCAGUCCGUGUGGAUGAGCCACGGCGACGAGGUCGUCAGGCUGCCCGAGGGGUUCGAGGUCGUCGCGCGCAGCGUGCAGGGCGCAAUCGCCGCCAUCGAGCACCGGGAGAAGCGCUUCUAUGGCCUCCAGUACCACCCGGAGGUGACACAUUCGCCCCAAGGGAUGGAAACGCUGCGCCACUUUCUUUUUGAUGUUUGUGGGAUUAAAGCCGACUGGAAGAUGCAAGAUGUGCUGGAUGAGGAAAUCAAGACCAUCCAGAGUAUGGUUGGGCCCGACGAACAUGUGAUUUGCGCGUUAUCAGGAGGAGUUGAUUCAACAGUUGCGGCCACUCUUGUUCAUAACGCGAUAGGGGAUAGGCUCCACUGUGUUUUUGUGGACAACGGUCUAUUGGGGCGGGCGAGGCGGGAGGCCACCUCGGCGAGCAGGUAG